AUGAGAAGUCAUCACACGCAUUCUUCUUUUUCCUUAUCCUUCAUCUUCUUCUUGUUCCUAUUCUUCAAUAUCUUCUCAUUCUCUACACCAAAACCUGAACCCGUAAAACCUAGUCCAAUAGGAUCAUACCAUCACCGGAAACAACCAGUCUCAGCUAUUCUGGUUUUCGGAGAUUCAACCGUUGAUCCUGGCAAUAAUAACUACAUCGAAACAGCAUUCAAAUGUAACUUUCCACCUUAUGGGCUCGAUUUCAAAAACAGCAUUCCCACCGGUAGAUUUUGUAAUGGUCGACUGGUGACAGAUUUCAUUGGUUCAUACAUUGGAGUGAAAGAGAAUGUGCCAGCAUAUUUGGACUCCAAUCUUGGAAUAGGUGACUUAAUGAAUGGAGUUAGCUUUGCUUCAGCUGGUUCUGGAUUUGAUCCUCUCACUCCAACCAUUGGUAACGUGAUAGACAUACCAACUCAACUGGAGCAUUUCAGAGAAUACAAGAGAAAAUUGGAGGGUAAAAUUGGGAAACAAAGAAUGGAAAAACACAUAGAAGAUGCUAUAUUUUGUGUUAGUGCAGGAACCAACGAUUUCGUCAUAAACUAUUUCACAAUUCCAAUUCGAAGAAAGAGUUUCACUAUUGAAGCUUAUCAGCAACUUGUUAUUUACAAUCUCAAGCAAUUUAUCCAGGGUUUAUGGCAUGAAGGAGCAAGAAGAAUAACGGUGGCAGGUUUACCACCAAUUGGUUGUUUACCAAUUGUUAUAACUGUGUUCUCCGACGAACCUUUGACCAACCGUCGUUGCAUUGACCGUUUCUCCACUGUGGCUAUAAACUACAAUUUCUACUUACAAAAGGAAUUGGACCUCAUGCAAAUAAGUUUGGUCCAUCUUGGGUCCAAGAUCAUUUACCUCGACGUCUAUAACCCAGUAUAUGAAAUCAUUCUUGAUCAUCGAAAAUUUGGGUUUGAAGAAGUGAGCAGGGGAUGUUGUGGAAUUGGUUACUUAGAGGCAUCGAUCUUGUGCAAUCCAAAGUCAUAUAUGGAUGAGAAUGCUUUGAACCUAAAUGAUGAUUUGAAUAUUGAUGAGAUGAUGGAUCAGAAUGAAGAUGAUCAUGGUCCUGAUUCUGUACAAGAUGAUUCUACAAGUGUGGCUGGGAGUAGAGAUUUUGAAAAACACUUUAGCAGUAAGGGGUAUGAUCUCCCGUUUUGCUUUGUUUAUUCUUCGUCAACCAUUUUUAAGUUUCGAGUGAUUUUUCGAAAAUCGACUUUGUUUCUCCAAAAUUUAUUCCGAAGAAGUACAAUCGUGGGGGCUGCGUAG